ACUUCAGCAUUAACAACACAUGCGGUUAUGAAAGUAUUAAAUGUGUUUAAACUCUGUAUGAUUUGCUGUUUGGAGCCAAUGUUCCUUGCAAUUUUAUUGCUACCACUAUCCAAUGCGAUAACUGUGAACAACACUAAUAACGCCAUAACCAAAUAUUGGCUAUUACCAACGAAAACAACAUCAAAUAUAACGUUGAGUACUCAUGCAGAAUCCAAUUGUCCAUCUUCAACGGCAGCCACAAUUUUAACCGUAUGGAAUGUUUACUUUACACUAUGCAUUAAUAAUCAUGAUGCGCGCAAUUCUAUCAGUUAUAGAAAUGUAGAAAGUCACUUUCGCCGCCAGAACGAAAGUGAAAUUGUUAGGGAAAGCGAAGGCAACAUUGAAAGUUGGAGUCUGGAGCAGCAAUGGAAACGAAAAGAGCGUACUAAAGGGAGCAACGCUAAAAGUAAUCGAGGUGUUGCUGGAGUAAUCAACCAACAUCGCUCUGAUGAUAUCUUCGAGAUAACAUUGUGUAUGCUACUUGCAAUUUUCGUAGAAGUAAUUCCACUCACACUGCGCUAUGUUCGCAAGCGAACUGUACUUUUCUGGCGUUGGCUUCUAUUACUCUGCUGCUGCUCUUAUUGGAGUAUUUCGAGAAAACUAUUUCAACGGCAACGAUUACGGAAUCAAAGGGCAGUUGCACUGAACUGUGUUUGUGAACUCAUAAAACUUGCUACACUCAAAUUAAAAAAGAGGCAAGAUCAUAUCCCGAAGCUACCGUAUGCAAUCCGGCAGAAUCAGCUGACAAUUUUUGCAGUGCUAACUGGAAAAAUGUUUGCACUUUUUGUACAAGGGGCUACUACACCGUCCACCGAAAUGACAAUAUCAUCAGACGCCGGAACUGCGUGUACAACCACAGGAAGACUAAUAUUAUUGUCAGGAGUACCUACAGCAACAACAGCCAUAAUUGCACAAAAUUUUAAAAAGACCUGUCAUAAUUUUUUGCUAACAACGCUUUUAAUGGAUCCCGUCACGCUGACAUUUAAUACGCCUUUUUUAACAGAUCAUGUACUUUAUAUUCUGGUGCCACAAGAAAACCGAUUGUUUCAUAACCAAUUAGCCUUUUCUGCAGUAAUAUGUGAGCAGGUGAAAACUUUGCAUUUAUAUUACGCUUGCCAAUAUUUUAAUGGUAUCGAUAGCAGCAAAAAACAACAGGAAAAUUACAGUGUUGGUGGACUCAAGAUCUGUAGCGAUUGCAAUAGGUCACAUUCGCAUCAAAAAUAUAGAAUGAUUUUGAUAUUUCAACCAUUAUUUGACAUAGCCAACACUAUAAUAGAAACCUAUGACAAUAAUUAUGUGAAAAUGCAUAAUAAUAGCCGUUAUUUAAAACCGUCCAAACCAAACAUGGUUAAAUUAAACAAACGCAGAACUAAAUCCAGCAGCAUUUCAAAACUUGAACAUGAAAUUUUCAGAGGUAGGGAUGAAGCUGUAGUGGAACGGAAGAAGACAAAAUAUGGAAAGUUGAUGAGACAGAAUCCUAGGCUUCACGAUCUCUUAACCAGUACAAGUGCUAAAUCUAGUGCAAAGCUUACCAAAUCUACAAUGUCAACAAAUCAAAAAAGGCCAGCAAAUUUAGGCAUACCGAUUAAUGCGAAAAAUAAAAGUGCGCCCGCACAAGAGGAUCAAAAUAGAAAAGGUAAAAAUACCGAUUGGAAUGAAUGCAUGCAUGCUAUUAUGAAAUUUGACUUGUGCUGUUGCUUUUGGUGUUUUUGUUGUUAUCGUCGCUGCAAUUGCAUUUCUGGAAGAAAUUCGAGUGAUGAUUGUUGGUGUACUUGGUAUUGGUGCUGGCAACGGCAUUAUAGGCAACAUGCAUUUAACUAUCCGCAUUGUAUAUACUGCUACUAUAAUUGCUGUCGUUACUACUGUUUUUAUCGCUGUUAUUGUUGCUGUUGCUUGGCAAAAUUACAUUCAACAUCUAUCACAUGUCCAUAUUGUCAUGUAGCCACCAGAUUAAAUAAUCAACCCUCUAAAUUAAAAAAACAUCCAAGGGCAGGAAAGAUGGCCCAAAAACAGCAACCAAGCCAAAAUCCGGCAAAAAAGCAAAAAGUACCACAACAACUAGAAGACUUCAGAAAUUUUCUUCCACCACAAGGUCUAACAAGUACCACCUGCCUCUGUUUUGAAUGUCCCGUCUGGUUUUCCUGUCGGUCACUGCACUGCUAUCAAAACGCACAUUGCUUUAACUCUACUAAAGAUGUGACUACGUUAACAAAAACGGCCACAAAAUUAAACGGAGAGAUUUUAUUUAGCAAAAAAACAAAGUUCAUGCGAUUUGCUCGUUGUAGUGCAAAGCAUCUAAGCAAAUAUAUUUUUCAUCAAUUAAUCCAUAUGGCGGAAUAUUUUUACCGGUAUAUAAUAGCCGCGCUUCGAGUGAAAAUAUCUGUCCCAAGGUCAAGGGCAAUUGUAAUAAAAGUGUCAAGAGAACAGAAGCAGCAACAACAACAGCAACAGAUGGUUUCCAUUGCAAACGACCAACAAUUAAAAAUGAAUAACUUAUGUAAACUUUUUUGCAACAAUUGGAAGCGACAUCGUCGACGAAGACGACGACGACGCCGACGACGAAUAAAUAUACAAGAACAGCAGCAGCAACAAUCCAUCACUCUUCAGCAGCAACAUAUGAGUAGUGAAAAAGACACAUUAUUUCAUAUAACCAAUCAUCGUUUUGGUAUUUGGGACCUCAAUGCGUGCAAAACAAUCCCAACAAAUGCCCCUUCCGUGCAUUUUAUAUUAUCAAAAGCAGCGGCUGGAUCUAUUUUAGCAGGAUCUGUGUUAGCAGGAAUGCGUCUAGCGAACACCAAAAUUAUUGCCUUGAGUGACCGAACGCGAAAGGAUAUGAUGAGUCCAGCACCAACGCCAGCAUUGAUAACGUCGUCAACGUUCACAGCGUCUGCUAAUACAGCGCGUGUUGGCCGUAACCGGCCUAGACCGAAUCUUGUUUGGCUCUUUAUUGGAUUAGUGUGGUUCGAAGGGCCAAAAUAUGUCAACUGCAAUAUCAAUGGAAGUAGCCAAUCACAACAGCCUUCUACCCGGGCUCAAACUCAAACACAAACACAAACAGUUGCGCAUACAACCACCCAAGCGCCGCUACAGCCGCUUACCGUACUAUCACAUCAACAACAACGUCAAACACAACCACCACAGAUAGUUUCAAAUUUACCUUUAUUAACCACAAACCACAAACCAAUUUCUAAAUCGCCGGUUUCACAUUCCCAAAAAGCAACAGAAGAUGUUUUCGAUGAUGUUUCCACGUCACUCAAAUCAAAAAUAAAGCAUGGAAAAAACAGUAAUGCCAGUGGUAAGAGUAUACGUAGUGGUAAUUGUUUAUCUUCGCGAAAACGGGCUUCCAUAAUGGCAGCUACAACAAAUGAAAAGCAAACUGGGACGUCUAAUACCGAUUCAAUUCUACCAAUCGAUCAUACGGGUUAUGAAUGGCUCGAAGCGGAAGUGGAGUACGAUUUUCUAGAAGAAGAAGCACAUGACACGCUAAGCGAUCGCGUCCGUCUGGAGUCCAUUAAACGGCAGAUAUUAACCAAGCUCGGCCUGAAACAUAGACCUAAUGUAUCUCAUCCUCUUCCAAAGCAAUUUAUUUGGGAUACUAUAUAUCGUGCCGAUGGUAUACGAAGAGUUGUAAGCGAAUUUGACUUUAAUGAAAAUGCCUCACAGCAAUGGGAAAUCAGAGCAAAAGCGGCUGCAACUGGUCUUACAAAGCUACCACUUCGCUUGGAACGCUACCAAAAAGAUGAUGAAGCGGUAAAUGGCGGUAUAAUUCACAACAGCAAUGACGGUCCAUUGGAUAUCCACAUCGGGAAAAUGAAUCACUCUUCGCAUUAUAGUAACAAUAAUGAAACUGAAGCUUAUUUAGAUGCUGAAAACCUGGAUGAAUAUAACCUUCGUCAAGAGCACUAUGGAAUGUCAAAAGAUGCGAAUCGAUACGAAAGUGAGGAUUUUGUCGGUGAUACGCAGGAAAUCAUCACAUUUGCGGAAAAAGGAAGGAUGUAUAAGCAGCACCGACUUGUAGAAUUCUCACCACGGACAAACGGAGUGCCUAAUCAAAAAUUGUUCGUUAGGAAAGCUGAAAUCCACAUUCGUAUUGAUAAGGCAGCUAUACGAGGGACAGAAAACAAGAAUAAAAAAAGUUUUGGCUGCAGUGGAAAGAAAACAAAACUGAAACUCUGGAUAUUUCAAUUCAUGGAAAACAAUACUACAAAGAAGGGCUGCGAGCAAUCACCACAACUCUGUGCUUCUUUUAAUGUGGAUACGAUUAACUUAGGAUGGCAAAAAUUCGAUAUUACUUCAACUAUUCGAAACUGGUAUGCCAGAGUACCUAUGGAAAAAUUACGACUUCUGAUAGACUGUACUGGUUGUGGCAAAUAUGUUUUGCAUUUAUUUGACCUGCCGACAGAUAUUUCAAAACAAAAACAACCGUUUGAACACCAACACCAAAAGUAUCAUUCGAUGAAUCGAAAUGAUCUUGUUGCUCAAUGGACACGACAACGCAGCGGUUUGAACAACGCCAUUAAAAUAAGCAAAGAGAGUAAUGCAAUUCAAAGGGCUUUGCAAGAUCGUCCACUAACCGAACAUGCUUCAUUGGACUGUAACUCUAUUUUCGGUUGCAAUGUUCAACGUAACGCUACGGCCAUAAUCAACGGCUACAAAGUAAAGAAGAUUCAAACACAAUUUUUGCAACAAUAUCCUUUGGAGGGAAACAGGCAACAUCGAGCGAAUCGAAUUCAGCGACAACAGAAAAACACAAAAAACCGCAGGCAAAAUCGUUUGAAACAUCAAGAUGCUCAACAUUUACAACGACAAACAGAUAUGGAAUUACAGAUGCCAAAAUCACAGGAGCCAAAUCCGAAUCGGCCAUUUUUAGUACUACGCACGGAAACAAAGCGAUAUAGACGAGUACGACGACGUGCAAUUGAUUGUGUUGGCGCUAUUCAUGGUCAAUGUUGCAAGGAAUCCUUCUAUGUAUCAUUUAAAGCACUAGGCUGGGACGACUGGAUCAUUGCUCCGCGCGGCUAUUUCGCCAAUUACUGUCGUGGAGAUUGUACAGGUCCGUUUCGCACACCGGAUACAUUUCAAACCUUUCAUGCCCACUUCAUAGAAGAGUACAGGAAAAUUGGACUUUUAAAUGGUAUGCAACCCUGCUGUGCCCCAGUAAAGUUCUCAAGCAUGUCUCUAAUAUAUUACGGUGACGAUGGAAUCAUUAAAAGGGAUCUUCCAAAGAUGGUAGUAGAUGAAUGUGGGUGUCCAUGAAGAUGUGCCAUGUAUCAUUUGAUAACAUUAAGAAAAUUUUGGCUUUAUAAGAGGGAAGAUAAGCUCGUCAAUAGUUUUAAGUGUGAAACAAUUUUUGACUAAAAAGUUUAUUAAUGGUCCAUCGGUACCUACAUAAAUGUAUACAUACAUAUGAACCUACAUUUAGUGCUUAUUGAAACAGCAAACUAUGUAAAUUGUAUUGGUAAGGUAGAUAUUUAUAAAUGUUUCACCACAAUCUGUGCGGCAAUAAAAGUUAUUUUUUAGAGUGUACCGAAGGAAAAUGAAUGUAUGUAUUUUGUAAAAAAAAAUAACUCAUAGCCAAGUAACCUAGACAAACACUUUUGUUAAUAUAAACUAGUAUAAAAUAAAAGAUUAUAGAAUGUAUCACUAUAAAUCCGGAGAGUUAAGUAAUUUUACGAAUAUUGAUAACAUUAUUUGAAUGAGAAGAAGUUUGGAAACAAAUACUAAACGCUUAUUAAGAUCGCAAUCAAUAUCCAAUUGCAAAUGUUUAUCAAUGAAUGAAUAUGUUUUUCUAUAAAAACUUAAGUGCCUAAACUAAUUCGUGCAGAACGCAGUUUUUAUAAAACUAAAAUUUUACUAAUAUUUGUCAGUUUAUUGUAAAAUAGAUAGGGUAUCAUAAAUCUCAAAAAAUUCCACAAAGCCACAGAACUAAUAUUCGAAUACAUGCUGGUACAUACAUACAUACAUAUGUACAUAUUUGUGCAUUUUAACCAUUUGUGUGUAUAAACAAUUAGUUAUGUAUAAAAAAAGUAUAGUAUACAUCAUAAACAAGUAUAUGUAUAGUAAAGUGUACAAAUAUGUAUGCUUGUUCUUUCCUGUUUUCUUCAAUACCGGGUAUUUGAAAAAUAAAGCAUAAACCAGACAUUUUUUAACUAAAUAAUAACUUAAAGUGUU